GACGAAAUAUGUAGGCUGCUAGUAAAUGGAGGAUCAGUCUUCGGGUUCAACCUACAAAAUAUAGCUUACUUGACAAUCAUCACAUACUUCGUACAAAUGAUAUUUAGAUCCAGUCAUGACCAGGGGUGUAGUGCUGCCGGACAACACUGGGCCAAUUGUGAGCUACCCCAUGGGACUCACGGUCAUGGCGGGUUGUGACACAGUCUGGGAUCGAACUGGGAUCUGUAGUGACGCCUUGCCUAAGACCGCUGCACUACUUGGGAGGCCCCUGUACUCUGCUAUGAAAGGCAUGCAGAAUGUGGGAUAGACUGUUCUCCUGGCCGAGAGGAUUGUUUGAGUUCUUUUGCCAGAUGGAUUGGAUAGAUGAGAUUCACUGGAUAACCCUGUGCCCAUAGAAGGAUAGUGCAGUGUGUGGGUGGAGUGGACAAGGUUGCUUCGGGAAAAAAGUGUGAUUUUCAAUGAAUGCUCAUAGAGGACAGUGGUGACGAAGGUACAGAGAGAAGAACUGUGAAGAACGCUAACAGUCAGGAUUAUUCUCUGCCACUGCAAUCAACAGCCUAUUGAAGAUGCCCCUGGGGAAGGAAUUCAGGAAGAAAGCAGAGGACAUCACAGCAGUAUAUGAUCUGAGAGAGAAGCUAGGAGAGGGAUCAUUCUCUGAGGUGCGCGUGGCUCAGCACCGCCGCACCCUGAAACUUGUAGCAGUCAAGUGUAUCCGCAAGAGGGCGCUAAAGGGCAAAGAAGCCAUGUUGGAGAAUGAGAUAGCCGUGCUACGCAGAAUCAACCAUCCCAACAUUGUGGCAUUGGAGGAGACCUUCGAGACAUCUACAAAGCUUUAUCUGGUUAUGACUCUUGUUACAGGAGGCGAGUUGCUGGACCGUAUUCUGGAGAAGGGGAGUUACACUGAGAGGGAUGCCAGCCGUGUCAUACAACAGCUUCUGGAGGCAGUCCAAUACCUUCACCAGCUGGGCAUCGUGCACAGGGACCUGAAGCCUGAGAACCUACUGUACCAGACUCCUUCGGAAGAUUCCAAGAUUGUCAUCAGUGACUUUGGCCUGUCCAAGAUGGAGGAGCAGGGGAUGCUCACCACAGCAUGUGGAACCCCUGCGUAUGUGGCACCAGAGCUUCUGCAGCAGAAAUCAUAUGGCAAAGAAGUGGACCUAUGGGCUCUGGGGGUGAUCACCUAUAUACUACUCUGUGGCUACCCUCCGUUUUAUGACGAGAGCGAGUCACAUAUGUACAGGCAGAUCAUGAAGGCUGAAUAUGAGUUUGACUCCCCGUAUUGGGAUGAAGUCUCUAAUUCAGCAAAAGAUUUCAUUCCGCACAUGUUGCAGAAAGAACCAGAGGAGAGGUACAAUUGUGAGCAGGCCUUGAAGCAUCUUUGGAUAUCAGGAGGAGCCGCUCUGGAGAAGAACAUUCAUGGAUCAGUCAGUAAGCAGAUCCAGAAGAACUUUGCUAAGAGCCAGUGGAAGAGGGCGUUCAAUGCCACAAUGGUGGUGCGGCACCUCAGUAAGAAGAAUCUAGUAGUAGAGGAGGAGUCUAAGGAUAAGGCAGAGACCAAGGCUACACUGUAAGGUUGUGACCUUUAAUCCAUGGGUAGAAGAGAAUUUGCCCAGAAGAAUCCUGUGACAGACCAGUCAGAGUGGUCGUUUUGGCUCUCAGGCGUCUCUAUAUGUGAUAAAAAGCAAAUACAGUGUGAAACUUUCUUUCUGCCAGCAGAGAGCACUCUUAAUCAAGCUUAAGUUCUAUUUUUUGUUGUCUGUCAUCUAAACAUUGCUCAGACUCUGGUUGGGCCCCAUACACUUCAGCAAUAAGACUCAUCAAGUGUAAUUUUGUUGAUAAAUCCAUAUAGGCUUAGUAUCUGUUGACCAUGCAUGGAUGUAAACAUGUUUUCUUGAACGUUAUUAAGUCUCUAUAGACCCUUGUAUUCUUCAACAAUAAAAAUGUUAGAAA